AAACAACACACACAGACACAGACUGAGAGACAGACAAGAGUCGCACACCAGAGAGCACGGAGGGAGAAGACCGACAGCGGCAGUGGCCAGCUAGUCAGGGAAGGCCAGCCAUGGCGAGCGGGCCGAACGGGGGAGGCAAUGGCGGCGGCGGCGGCGGGCUGAUGAAGAACAUGAGCCUGCUGCGGCUGCAGUACUACUGCGUGCUGGGCGCGGUGGCCGGGGCCGUCCUGUUCGCCACGCUCCGCUACAUGCCGGCCGCCGGCAGCGGCGCGGCCCUCUCCACCACCUCCGCGCUCGCCACCGCCGCGGCGCCCGCCGGGUCCGGGGCCGGGGCGGGCGAGCACCGGAAGAUCAAGGGGACGGCGCCGGCGCCGGCGAAGGCGGCGGCCAAGGUGGUGACGAAGCCCAAGGAGGUGGUGGUGUUCAACUUCGGCGACUCCAACUCGGACACGGGCGGGGUGGCGGCGAUAAUGGGGAUCCGCAUCUCGGCGCCGGAGGGGCGCGCCUACUUCCACCACCCCACCGGGCGGCUCUCCGACGGCCGCGUCGUCCUCGACUUCAUCUGUGAGACCUUGAACACGCACCACCUGAGCCCCUACAUGAAGCCGCUGGGUUCCGACUACAGCAACGGCGUUAACUUCGCCAUCGCCGGAGCCACCGCGACGCCAGGGGACACGCCGUUCUCACUGGACGUGCAGAUCGAUCAGUUCAUCUUCUACAGGGACAGGUGCAACGACUCCAUCACAAGAGAUGAGCCCGCCCCGCUCAACAUGCUGGAUUUCGAACGAGCUUUGUACACCAUGGACAUUGGGCAGAACGACAUCACUUCCAUUCUCUACUUGCCCUACGACGAAGUGCUCGCAAAGCUUCCCCACUUCGUUGCCGAAAUCAGGAAAGCCAUCGAGAUUCUGCAUAAGAACGGGGCGAGGAAGUUCUGGAUACACGGGACAGGCGCGCUGGGAUGCCUGCCGGCGAAGCUGGCGAUGCCGAGGGCCAGCGACGGCGACCUCGACGAGCACGGGUGCAUCGCCAAGUUCAACAAUGCCGCCAAGAGGUUCAACACGUUGCUGAGCGAGGCCUGCGACGACCUGCGGUUGCUGCUGAAGAAAUCGUCCAUCAUCUUCGUGGACAUGUUCGCGAUCAAGUACGAUCUCGUCGCCAACCACACCAAACACGGGAUCGAGAAGCCGUUGAUGACAUGCUGCGGCCACGGAGGGCCCCCUUACAACUACGACCCCAAGCAGAGCUGCAUGGGCGACAGCAUGGACCUGUGCAAGCUUGGCGACAAGUUCAUCAGCUGGGACGGGGUCCACUUCACCGACGCGGCCAACAGCAUCGUGGCCUCCAUGGCGAUCAGCGGCGAGUACUCCGUCCCUAGGAUGAAGCUCACCAGCUUGGUCAAGCCUGCCAAGUCCAAGGCCUCGUAAUGAUGCGUCGGUCUGGUGAGCCCAAUGCUUUGAGAUAUAGGAAUGAUGAAGGUGAAGGUACUAACAAAAACUAACCCCCAAUGCGAGUUCAUCGGAAGUCCUUAAUCGCAGACUCACAGCCGCCGUGAAAGAUGGGAUCUUCUUUUUCUUCUUUUCUUUUUCUUUUCCUUUAUGUAUAAUCGAAGUGUGCGUAUAUCAUAUCCUAGGGGUUAAGUUAAUGCAUAUGCAGGUUGUCUGUGGCUGUGUGCCAUAUAUGAACUUGUCUAAGAAAUUCUGAAUUUUGAUCAAUAAAUAUUAAAUAGAGAUGAGUAUUUAACA